ACUUGUUUUAUUUUUAGGCAACAUUCCUCCCGCCCGAGUACGGGAUCGUAACUGAAUAUCGCGAGAACUGACAUCAGUGGCACGUGCGGAUGCAGAACACACCGUCUGGUGCCAGCGUCCGACGGACAUGCACCUGUCCUUUGUCCCUUCAUAACAUCUGUGAUCUGAUUAACACCGCUGGGACAAAGACAUACAGCUGUGUCAUACUCAAGCCUAACUGUUAGGACGGCUGACUUUGUUUACGUGCACGACUUCACGGUUGCCUGAACCCCUACCCGCAUUGCUUCAACUAACCACCUUAUGCAGAACAGAAUCAUUCGAACCGCAACGCUGACAAUACCCUUUAUUCGCACUGAAAUGCCUUUCCUAUGAUGUAAGAGGUCGGUAUUAUUUCAAGGUUUGGGCACUGGAAAGAGGACCCUAGUUUAAGGUACGGACACAGGUUUUACUACAAGACACAAACCAGAGGGUCAGUAGUCCUGUCCGGUGUCCCAAUACAGGAGCUGCAGCCUCCCAUUCCCCUGAGUGACACUCGAACUGUCAGGCAGUGACGUCGCAUUAUCUAUAGCACGGAAAGCCAGAUUCCUCAGCUAGCCACCAUGACUUGGCCUGAGUUCAUCAAGCACAUGCUGGCGACCACCCACAAGAUACAGAAAGUAGCAGUGUUGGCUGAGGAUGGUCAGCCUCUAGCUGUGACGGAGGACCUUCAGGUGUCCGUGGAGGAGGGCCAGGCUCUGAUCAGGAGCAUCUUGGACCCUGCACGGACGGUCACAAAGAUCCACAUGGAUAACAACUUCUAUACGUGUUUCCAGGGCAACUCCAGGACGUUGGUUGGGACGUCGCCUAACAGAGACAGAAUAUUCGUCGCCCAUAAAUAUAAAGACUGCGUUGUGGUUGUGUUCGGCGGGACGAAGGGACAUGGGUCGUAUCUCUUUGAGUUGAAGAAGAAUCUUUGGGCGAGAGAACAUCAUCAGCAGCAGAUGACAAAUUUACCUAAUGAAGGGCAGAUCACUGAUGUACCCAGUCAAGAACAGAUAACCAAUAUACCCGGGCAAGGGCAGAUAACCAAUGUACCCAGCCAAGGGCAGAUUCAGCAGAUCUUGAAUGCAGCUGAGGACGAAAGGUUAGCUUCUCAAGAAGCAGACGACAUCGAACAACUCUCCCAGAUGGACCAGGAACCGAUGGACAUUGAUGACUUUCCACAAGGACAAGACAGAAUAGGUGAUGAUCUAAACCUACUCCAACUACAUGAUUGACUGUUGGGUUUGUUUAGAAUUGGCGAUCUUCUUGUGUUCAAGUACAUGCAAUAUUUAUAUGAAGCAUUUAGCAUAUUAUCUUGUAAGGAAUGAAACUCUGGAGGCAGCUGGUGUCCUCGUUGUUACAUAUGCAACAAAUAACCCGAAAUACUCAUUUUAGAUAUUUUACCUACAGGACCUCGUUUCACAAUAAUCCUGUUGUGUGUUUCAUGGUUACACAAUGGGCUAUUCUACCAUUGUUUUCUGAAGCCAGUGCAAUCACAGAACCAUUUAUGUAAAGAUGAUUUAUUGUUCAGAAUAACACUAUUCAACCUUAUAUUUUCCCCCCGUUUACUCAACUUAAUAUAUAUGAGCAUGUGUCCUAUCCUUUCCCAAACAAUCCCAUGGUGUCAUUGUACAAAACAAAUUCUAUCGCUACGACUGUCGUAACUUUAUUUUAAGGUAUGGGAGUUACGGUCACCUUAGCGCUAAGAUCGCUUUGUGUAGCAACACCAUGAUAUCAUUGUACAACACAACCUUAGCGCGACAACUGUCGUAAGUCUAUGUUAAGGUAUGGGAGUUACGGUCACUUUAGCGAUAAGAUCGCUUUGUGCAGCAACACCAUGAUAUCAUUGUACAACACAACCUUAGCGCGACAACUGUCGUAAGUCUGUGUUAAGGUAUGGGAGUUACGGUCACCUUAGCGCUAAGAUCGCUUUGUGCAGCAACACCAUGAUAUCAUUGUACAACACAACCUUAGCGCGACAACUGUCGUAAGUCAAUGUUAAGGUAUGGGAAGUUAUGAUACUUGAUAAUACACCCUGAAUGUGUAUAGUACUAUACCCGCCUAGAAAAGUAGUCGUGGCCUGCUCAACAGUGUAAACUUCAUAAACACUAUAAUUUCGUAAGGAAUGUGGAGUUCAUACUCUGGGCUGUUCCAGGGUAAUUCAUUCCGCACUAGUUAGUGUCAGGACAAACACAAAUGGUGCAGCCAUGCACUGAAUAGAGUUUGUCAUAUGACGAAAGCGAAAGGUUCAGAUUCGACAACUUACAUUUGCUCUGCCACACAUUGGGCAACCAUGCGCGCAAAGUGGGAUAUUAUAGGUCAUUUCAGGUUUACUUCAUUGAAAGAACCUGUUUUGACUGACACUAUAUUUGAGGUUGAAUCGUUUUCAUUACUGAAUAUACCUAUGCGUGUCUUGCAGGGUGAGGAAGUAUUUUCGACCCCUGAGGAACAUACCUCGGCCUUUGUCCCAAAGUGACACUGUUCAAGAAUCUUGCCUUUAAACAGUGGACGUAGCAGGAACGUCUCCACACCUCUUGACGAGAGCGUAUUACAAUACAAGCGGGACAUGUUGAUAUCCCUACUGAAUAAUCUAUUGACAGUGUUUGGUGCUAUAACAAAUGUAUUGUAUACAGACACAUCUGCUUUUCUCUGAUCUAAUGGCAGUUUUGUAGUUUAUGGCGUACCGUGUGUUCAACAAUACAUGUAUUAUAAAUAAUUAUAUUAUGGCAAUUUUAAAUGAGUAUAUGGGUUAUUGUGUCAUUGGAUUGUCUGGUCCACUGAAACUGGAUUGUUUGGUCAAGACUCGAUGUUUCAUAGGCCGGGGUCAUGUGACUGCAUUGCCGCUGUGCGGAGAUAUGCAACGAUAAAAAACUUGCCUUUUUCAUGCAAACUGUCUGAAUGGUGGGUGCUACUGGUAAGGUAAGAAAAGCUUACCCUUUUGCUGACUGCUUCCCGGUGAUUCGUCCAUAUAACGUUCUACGCUUCUUUGCAUUUAUAGCCCAGUGGAAUCAAUUUAUAUAAUGACUUUAAUUUAGUUUUAUGCGCUUUUAGCAAUAUUCCAGCAAUAUCACGGUGGACACCAAAAAUGGGAUUCAGUAGGGAAUCGAACCCGGGUCUUCGGCGUGAAGGCGGACGCUUUAAUCACUAGUCUACCCCACCGACACUUUUAUAUAAUGAAGACUGAUUAAUCUACAACGUUUUUUAAAUACUUAAAUACCACUACAUUUAACCAUGAUUUCAGUUCGAACAUUCAUUUCUGUGACGAAAUGAAGUAGUUAGCGUAUAAUACUUAAACUCACAUGAAUGCGCGUGCGCGCACUCACACACACACACACACAUUUAUACAUGGCUAUUCAUACUACGUAAUUUAUAACGCAUAUCUUAAAAUUCGGAUUAUAAAUCACCUGACUGCUUUCAGCUGCUCUCCUGUCUUUCCUUUUAGCUUCUGCUUGUAAUUUCAGGCAAAGCAUAUAUUUUGACUAAAUAUUUAUAUAUUUUUCAAAGGUUUGUCUUUUUUAAUAUACACUGUAUAUUAUCUUAUCCUGUAUCUCUUAUUAUUUUUUAUUGUUUAUACAAUAAACCGCUUUAAUCAACUAAUACUCAUCUGUUUCGGUGAACUAAGUAGUUUGGCAUUACUCUAUUUGAUAUAUUAUUCCCAUGGGAUUAUUGUAACACAUACUUUAACAUGAAUGAUACCACUGAACUAAACGUAUAGUUGUUGAUGAUGGUGUUUGGGAUUUUACGAGCGCUUCCAGAACUCCUCAGUUUGCACAUUUUUAAAUGAAGCAUCUUUCCGAGCAUAUCAAAGAUCCGAGAAUCAUCACCUUUUUUUUACUGACCCUGCCUGCAAUGUGUCAGUUCAGUAUUUUUCGUACCGUGGGUUACCCUUAGUGGCCUCCAGUUGUCAUUGGAGGUGGGUCAGCCACUGGCCGUCACGCAGGGCCUUCAGUUGUCAGUGGAUGUCGGUGAGGUACUGGCUAUGACGGGACCUCCACUUGUCAAUGGAGGUGGGUCAGAUACCAGCCGUUGACGGGUGACCAUCAGUUGUCCGAAAACUCCGUUCUCGAAGAGUUACUCUGAAACAUUGCAAAUACAGCUUCGAUAUCUGUAUCAAAUAUAUUACCAUCUUGUUUGUUUCAGUUUUAGUCAUCAUCGGGCAUUGGGGUAUAUCUAUUCAUAUUAGUAUGUUAAUUAUAAACUGAGGAAAAAAAAUAAGGGAUCGCAUGAACACACGAGUGUUCCUUUAUUUUUUUCCCUGGUUUCUUCACAAAAUUUGUAUCGCAAAACUUGUGAAGGAACCUGGACAAAAGUAAAAGAACACUUGUGAUUUCAUGCGAUCCCUUAUUUUUUCCCGUCAGUAUAUAUCUGAUGUAUCAUUGAGUGAUAAAUGUUGUCCUUAUGAAUGAUAAACACACACACACAAACAAGCACACAUAAUUCUUAUAAGGGUUGGGCAUUACAUUACUAAGCGACUCUGUGUACUGACAUAUUAAACUGCACCAUCUGGAGUCACAAGGUUACAGAGCCACUGUAUAGAGCUGCAUCUUUCUGUACUUAUACCCUGUAAGUCCUGUGUGCAUUCCUCUCAUAUACUGUUACCAUGUAUAAUGCUGUCGGUAAUAAAUGACAUCUAUCUCGGUGUUCA